AUGGUAUCUCCAAUUAGCUGCCUUUCAAUCUUGGUAAUCCCCUUACUAGUCACCUCUCUUUUGUACCAAGUUUCUAAUGCAGUAAACAGUACCUAUCUUGAUAGCAUUUGCCACAAAUCCACGGACUAUGAGUUGUGCUCAUCAACUUUUGCUGCAAACGAUCGUACUCCUACAGCUGAUCUAGAUGAUCUUUUCCGCAUUUCUAUUUCUGCAAACAUAGAUCUAUUACACACUACCAUUGUUAAACAAAUCCCAAAAAUUCUUGAAACACUCAAUAAUCCACAGGAUAAGGCUCUACUUCAGAAUUGCCAAACCGAUUUUACUAAUGCACAAGAGAAUUUGACUAAUGCAUACUUGGCUUCGGUUUUAAUGGAUUAUACAAAAGCGAAAAAUUUAGCUACGGAUGCAGCUUUAUUAAAUGCAAAUUGUGAUAAUGAAUACAAUACGACCAAACGUCCAUCUCCAAUUGCAGAUGUCACUGGCAAAGUGGGGAAGCUAAUCUUCAUUAGUUUCAUUAUAGUUAAUGAGAUCAUACCAUAA